AUGUCCAUCUGGCUAUGGGGCCUCGGGCUGGGCGCGGGAGCCUUUUUCGGUCGCGCUGCGCUCGUCGCGAUACGCAAGAACGGCGUCGGCGGUUCCGCGCUCGGACGCAGCUUCUACAAGGGCGGCUUUGAGCCCAAGAUGACACGGCGAGAAGCCGCCUUGAUCCUCGAAAUGCCCGAACGCGGCAUCACAAAAGACCUCCUGCGCAAGAAGCACCGCUCGCUCAUGCUGCUCAACCACCCCGAUCGCGGCGGCUCUCCCUACCUGGCCACCAAGGUCAACGAGGCCAAGGAGAUGCUCGAGAAGGAGGUCAAAUAG